AUGAGAAUGAGAGAAAUCCACUUGAAACCUACUCAUAUCUGGAGAAGACUGCAUUGUAAAAGUUUAAGGAAAGGAUGUCAUCAAAGGAAUUCCAGGAAUCCAGCCCAAAUAGAUGUCCAAAAAGAAAUAUCCAAAGGUGAUUUGUUGUCGGGUCCUGGAGAGGAUUUGUUGACUAUGGCGAUAGGACCGGAGCACCCUCGUCGUACUAGGGCGGUGGGGCAUGAUAUUGGCUUAAGAAAGGGGAUGCAAUGA